AUCUCUGACUCUUUUAGUUGGGUGGAUUUGCAGGAGAGGGGAAAAAUAAUGAUGAAAUUUGCUGACUUAAUAGAUCAAAAUGUAGAAGAACUGGCAGCCUUGGAUGCUAUAGAUGCUGGGAAAUUGUAUUCUAUGGGAAAGGUGAUUGACAUCCCUGGUGCAGCAGACACUUUACGUUAUUUUGCAGGUGCUGCUGACAAAAUCCAUGGGGAGACAUUGAAAAUGUCAAGGGAGCUUCAUGGCUACACUUUACGUGAGCCCAUUGGUGUUGUUGGCCACAUCAUUCCAUGGAACUUCCCUUCUGUAAUGUUUGCCAUGAAGGUUGCCCCUGCCUUGGCCGCCGGCUGUACAAUGAUAGUCAAGCCUGCUGAGCAGACUCCACUCUCUGCUCUCUUCUUUGCUCAUCUUUCUAAGCUGGCUGGAAUCCCUGAUGGAGUGAUUAAUGUUAUUACUGGGUUUGGUCACACAGCUGGUGCUGCCAUUAGUUCUCACAUGGAUGUUGACAAGGUCAGUUUUACGGGAUCCACAGAGGUUGGACGAUUAGUUAUGCAAGCUGCAGCAAAAAGCAAUUUGAAAUCAGUAACACUUGAAUUGGGUGGGAAGUCCCCUCUUAUAAUCUUCGAUGAUGCUGAUGUAGACACAGCUACUAAUCUUGCUCUCAUGGGCAUCUUAUUUAACAAGGGAGAAAUCUGUGUAGCGGGAUCUCGAGUCUUUGUCCAAGAAGGGAUUUAUGAUGAAUUUGUGAAGAAGGUAGCAGAGAAGGCAAAAACAUGGGUGGUUGGGGACCCAUUUGAUCCUCGUUCUCAGCAAGGCCCCCAGGCUGAUAAGAAGCAGUUCGAGAAAAUCCUUUCAUACAUCGAACAUGGCAAGAAUGAGGGAGCUACCUUGUUAACUGGGGGAAAAUCAUGUGGUGAGAAGGGAUAUUACAUUGAGCCUACAAUUUUCACAGAUGUGAAGGAAGAUAUGAAAAUAUCAAGGGAUGAGAUAUUUGGACCUGUGAUGUCUCUCAUGAAGUUCAAGACGAUCGAGGAGGCAAUACAGAGAGCCAACAGCACUAGGUAUGGCCUAGCAGCUGGAAUAGUGACCAAGGACUUGAAUGUAGCCAACACAGUCUCAAGAUCAAUUCGCGCCGGUGUCAUUUGGAUAAAUUGUUAUUUUGCUUUUGAUAGAGACUGCCCUUAUGGUGGAUAUAAGAUGAGUGGGUUUGGUAGGGACAAUGGAUUGCAUUCCCUUGAGCAGUAUCUGCAAGUAAAGUCUGUUGUAACUCCCAUUUACAAUUCUCCAUGGCUCUAAAUCUGUCUGCAUCUUUAAAACUGGAUAAUGGGUAACAGCCACCCUUACACAAUAAAAUUCCCACUUUAUUUCCUCUUA